UGACUUUCACCGCCAACAGAGCAGCAGACAGCUUAUGUGGCACUGUGCACUGUGGAAGUGACAGCGAGAGUGAGAUAAAGGUUGUUUGCUGUUUGACAGUGUUGUAGUUUACAUUCAGUAAUAUAUCUACUGUUAAAUUCUUGAUCGACAAAUCCUAAAUCAUGAGACAGUUGAAAGGUAAGACAAAGGAAACGGCAAAACAAAGGAAGGAGAGGAAGAAGGACUUCUUGGAGAACAAGAAAAAUGUAUUUUCCAUUGUUCUACCUACAAUCGGUGUCAUCUUCUUUUUUAUUGUUGUUUAUGUUUAUCUUAAAACUAGACCCAAAGGAGUUGAGCAGUACUAAUGUAAGUUUGCUAGGUAAAACCUCCAGACUUGAUUGUUACAGCAUAAGAUAAAGUGUAACUAAAGAUACACAUUCCACUGUGUUUUUAAUCAUAAACAUUAAAAAAUGUAAAAAUAGGUUUGUAAAUGUUCAAAUAAACUGUAUAAAUAUUUUUACAGACAUUUUACUAAUGUACAGGUCAUUUUUAUAGCAUUUUGUAAUGUUAUUAAUGUUAAAAAGUUGAUUUAUUGUUGUUAUUACCCUUUUUGGGUUUUUGAAAUAAAAGGUACUAUACCAUCAA